AUGGAGAAUCCGAGGUGCCUAAGAAAGCCUGUGGCCAAUAGGAGAACCAAGUCUCUGGACAGGUUGCAAGCCCCCAGGAAGGACUCAGAGUCACGGGACGGCCAGUGCCUCAGUGUGGCCACCGCCUCCUCUAGGAAGACGCCCCGCCGGACGGCCAGUGAUGGGGCCAGACGUUCUACAGAGGCUCAGGGCCCUGUGGCUGCAGCCCUCACUCUGGAGGAGACCAGGGAGUUUCUCUCCAAUGAGCAGAGUCCCCCUCAAGACACCAAGGACAAGGCCCAGCAGGGCUGGUUGAAGAAAAUGCUGAACUUCUUCCUGAGGACAGGCCCUGAGGAGCCCAGAGAAAAAGCCAGCAGGCAAACAAAGGGGAAAGAGGGCCCCGUCCACCUCACGGAGUCCCCGAGGGAGCCAGACCUCAAGAAGAAAGCCCACGACAAGAAGGCCAGCCGGAAGAAGCAUGGCCAUAAGAAACACGUGGCUGAGGAACCCAAGGGGGCUCACGAUGAGGACGCUAGAGGCCCAGAGGCAGGGCUGUCCAAGACAGCUGCUGCCCUGCACUCCGAGGAGGUGGACCUGGGCCCGGCUCGUGGGGGCAGGGAGGAUUCUGAUCUCCACCAGUCCUUGGUCGUUGAAGAGAGUGGUGCUGCAGCCUUGAAUGUUUCUCCCCAAGCCUCAGAUCACCAGAGAGAAGAGAUCAAAAAGCCUGACAAGGAUGCCAUCAUCAAGAUGAUAGUGGAAUUGCUCAAAAAAGUGGGAGACCAGUGGGAAGAAGAGCAACUUCGAGCCCCUCAGCCAGUGGUGGCCAUGCAAAACCCUGUACCAGCCUCUAGGAAGAAAUCCCAAGAGAAAAAGUCCAGCCCCAAGAGAGACUUUUCUAAGAAACACAGCUCUGAGGAGCCCAAGAGGGCAGGGGCUACAGAUGUUUCCACCCUGGAGGCCCGGCCACCCAAGAGGCCCAGCUUUCUGCCCCUGCACCUGCCCCAGUGUGUGGGUGGCCAUCGGCCUUCCAUCUCCAGCAGCCUUGGCUUGGAAGAACCUGAAGUCCAAGGAGUCCUGUCUACAGAUAGUGGGAGCUCCAGUCCCUUCAAGCCUUCUACCCAACCAGAAAGCCAGAGACCUGGAGAGGAGCUGCAGCCAGAUAGAGCCUCAGAAUCCAAAGAAUUCAUCCAGAAGAUUGUUGCUCUACUCCACGAUGCAGAGGAACAGGGGAGAGAGAAGCAAACUCACAUCCAGGAGGUAGAAGCAACUGUGGAAAGCCUGGCACCACCCUGCAGGAGGAAAUCCCAGGAGAAAAAGUCCAGCUUCAGAAGAGGCUUUUCCUCCAAGAAACACAGCUCCAAGGAGCACCAAAAAGCAGGGUCUUCAGGGGCUACAGGGGCUGCCAGCCCAGAGGCCCGGAGGCCCAAGAGGCCCAGCUAUCUGCCCAUGUGUGUCGGUGGCCAUCGGCCCUCCACCUCCAGCAGCCUUGAUCCAGAAUGUUCUGAGUUCCAAGAGCCCUCACCUGCAGAAGGGGGACCAGUUGGGAUCUCAGAAGCACCUUCCAAGGCCAGAAGCCACAAGCCAGAAGGGGGACCUCAGCAGGAUGGAGCAAGUGAAGAGAAGGAGGUCAUCAUCCAGAAGCUGGUGGUGCUUCUCCAAGAAGUGGAUGGCCAGCUGGGGCAGCAGAUCAGGCGACACCCCAGCUUUAAGAAAUUUUUUUAUGAAUUCUCCGACUCCUCCCUCAAUAAGCUGGUAGCCACCCUGUGCAGCCAGGCGGCCCACUUCUCUGAGCUGGACAAGAACCUCGCCAAGAGACCCUACCAGCUUGGCUUUGGCAUGGCUAACAAAUUUGCCAACCACAAGAGCCAUGCCUUCUCCAUCCUCAUGGGCCUAAGAAGCCACUACAGUUCCACCCAGUUCCCAUACAGGGAGUCCCAGCUGGUGAGAGAGGUGGGGAAGGGCAAUGGCAGUGUGGCACAGUGA